GAUCUGCUCCCUCCCCACCUGUUUUGGGGGCUGGGGAAGGUCUAGAUCCAAUUGCUCUAGAACGUGCCUUUACACAGCUCUCGCCCCCCAGCAGGCGGGCUGACCCCUAUGGAGCGCUGUGCAGGGCCUAGGACAUGGAGUGAGGGCCUGUCCCUGCCACCCGAGUGAAGCUGAAGGGAGUUUGGUUUAGAUUGAUCUAGAGCACAGACUAGUCCAGGCCGUGUCCAUCUGGAGACUGCGCAUGACCAAAAUAGUCGAAAACCAGCCCUAUGAUGAGAGUCUAGAGAUUAACGACUCAGAAGAGGUUGCCAGUAUCUACACACCAACUCCACGGCAGCUAGGUCCUAGGUCCACACGCCCACAGCUCAAAAAUAUGGCUGAUAACAGCAGUGAUGAGUAUGAUGAAGAAAUAAACAAGGAGAAGAAGGUAGCCCAGUUGGCCCCCCAGCAAGGAUUUAGUGAGAAUGAGGAUGGGGAAGAUGAAGAUGAUUCGUCUGAAACUGACUCGGAUGAUGACGAUGAUGAAGAGGAGCAUGGAGCCCCUCUGGAGGGUGCCUACAACCCUGCAGAUUACGAGUAUCUACCAGUGUCUGCAGAUAUUAAAGAGCUCUUCCAGUAUAUAAGGAGGUACACUCCACAAAUGAUAGAGCUUGAACACAAACUGCAGCCUUUCAUUCCAGACUUCAUUCCAGCUGUUGGGGACAUUGAUGCCUUCUUAAAGGUUCCACGUCCCGAUGGGAAGCCAGAUAACCUUGGCCUGUUGGUACUGGAUGAGCCAUCCACAAAACAGUCAGAUUCCACAGUGCUCUCUCUCUGGUUAACGGAAAACUCCAAACAGCACAACGUUGCACAGCAAAUAAAAGUGAAGAGCUUGGAGAAUGCAGAGAAGAAUCCCAAAGCCAUUGAUAACUGGAUCGAGAGCAUCAGCGAGUUACAUCGCUUCAAACCUCCUGCUACUGUUCACUACACCAGGCCAAUGCCUGAUAUCGAGACUCUGAUGCAGGAAUGGUCCCCAGAAUUUGAGGAGCUUUUGGGAAAGGUAAGCCUUCCAACUGCGGACAUCAACUGUGGCCUGGCUGAGUAUAUUGACAUGAUAUGUGCUAUUCUGGACAUUCCUGUCUAUAAGAGUCGGGUCCAGUCCCUGCACGUCCUCUUCUCGCUGUAUUCAGAGUUCAAGAACUCACAGCAUUUCAAAGCCCUGGCUGAAGGGAGAAAGGUAGGGAGUCCUCCAUCGAAUCCACCCUCACAAGCAGGAGAGACAGAAGUGUUAAGCUUCAGCUGAGAAAAAGACCCUUUCUUCAUAAGCUGGGGCCUGCACCUAGGAGUAGAGCCUUCGCCUAAGCCAAUCAGCAGAGCAAGGCAAAGCAUUACUGAAACCUCUAUCUUUUCUGUAUGUACUGGCAGAUGGACAGCGUACGACUCAGAUGAAUUAGUAGAGGUUAGCAUUUAGCUCGUGGUGUUUAAUUGUAAAUGCUGCAUGACCCUUUUUCUUUGGCUCAUUCCCAGAGGAUUCAGCAUUAAACAAGUGCUUGCGAGUGGGAGUACCUCAGCAAGGGUAACAAUGUCUUUGGUACCUGAAAUCAGCUUGGGCAGAGCAUCUCCUUAAUGACAUAACCCUCACUCUGCUCAUGCAGCUGUUUGGACUCAUAAGAAUGGCCGUACUGGGUCAGACCAAAGGUCCAUCUAGCCCAGUAUCCUGUCUACUGACAGUGGCCAAUGCUAGGUGCCCCAGAGGGAGUGAACCUAACAGGCAAUGAUCAAGUGAUCUCUCUCCUGCCAUCCAUCUCCACCCUCUGACAAACAGAGGCUAGGGACACCAUUCCUUACCCAUCCUGGCUAAUAGCCAUUAAUCGACUUAACCUCCAUGAAUUUAUCCAGUUCUCUUUUAAACGCUGUUAUAGUCCUAGCCUUCACAACCUCCUCAGGCAAGGAGUUCCACAAGUUGACUGUGCGCCGCGUGAAGAAGAACUUCCUUUUAUUUGUUUUAAACCUGCUGCCUAUUAAUUUCAUUUGGUGACCCCUAGUUCUUGUAUUAUGGGAAUAAGUAAAUAACUUUUCCUUAUCUACUUUCUCCACAUCACUCAUAAUUUUAUAUACCUCUAUCAUAUUCCCCCUUAGUCUCCUCUUUUCCAAGCUGAAAAGUCCUAGCCUCUUUAAUCUCUCCUCAUAUGGGACCUGUUCCAAACCCCUCAUCUUUUUAGUUGCCCUCUGAACUUUUUCUAGUGCCAGUAUAUCUUUUUUGAGAUGAGACCACAUCUGUACGCAGUAUUCAAGAUGUGGGCGUACCAUCGAUUUAUAUAAGGGCAAUAAUAUAUUCUCCUUCUUAUUCUCUAUCCCCUUUUUAAUGAUUCCCAACAUCCUGUUUGCUUUUUUGACUGCCUCUGCACACUGCGCGGACAUCUUCAGAGAACUAUCCACAAUGACUCCAAGAUCUUUUUCCUGAAUCGCUGUAGCUAAAUCAGCCCCCAUCAUAUUGUAUGUAUAGUUGGGGUUAUUUUUUCCAAUGUGCAUUACUUUACAUUUAUCCACAUUA